AUGGCUGCCACCAGCACGCAGCAGAAUGCUUCUCCGUCCUCUCACCGGUGCACUUAUGAUGCAUUCUUGAGCUUCAGGGGCACAGACACACGCAAGGGAUUUACUGAUCACCUCUACAGGGCUUUGGAGGUGGCAGGGAUCCACACUUUUAGAGAUGAUGACGAAAUCGAGAGAGGAGCAAAUAUUUUAGCAGAGCUUCAAAAAGCAAUACAAGAGUCUCGAGUAUCCAUCAUUGUCUUCUCCAAGGACUACGCUUCCUCGAGAUGGUGCCUGGAUGAACUAGUGACGAUCAUGGACCGUAGAGAAACUAAUGAGCACAUGGUUAUGCCAAUUUUCUAUGACGUGGAUCCAUCCCAUGUCAGGAACCAGACAGGAAUUUUUGAAGAAGCAUUUGCCAGACACCAACAGCGCUUCAACAAGGAGAUGGACAAAGUGGAGAAGUGGAAAAAAGCUCUCAGAGAUGUUGCAGAUUUGGGAGGGAUGGUUUUAGGAGAUCGGUACUUUUUCAUUCCCAAAAUGGUGGUUUUCACUCUAACUUUUGGAUGCUUUUUAAAAUAG